AUGGCUCCAAAGAUCUCAAGUAAAGUGGAAAAGCUAGAUCUAAGUCAUACUGCAAUAAAAGAAGCACCUUUCGUUGAAUAUCCAUCCAGGCUUGUUAGAUUGGAUCUUUCACAUUGUUCAAAGCUUGAAAGUCUCUCGAGCAAUAUUUGUGAGUUGCAAUUUCUUCAGUAUCUUGCAAUAAGAGAAUGCCGAAAACUUGAAAGAUUACCGGAUGACCUUGGAAACUUGGAAGCUUUGGAAACAUUGGACGCUUCUGGUAUUUUCACAAGAGAAAUACCAUCAUCCAUUUCCCAUUUGAGCAAACUUUCUUCAUUACAGAUAUCUCGAUUAUCUGAUGAUGAAGCGCCGUUGAAUUGGGUACCGAAUUCUCUAUCAAGAUUGAUGUCUUUGAAACGUCUUGAGUUGAUUAACUGUCAAAUUCCGGAGCUACCAAACAAUCUUGGUCAAUUAUCCUUUCUAGAAAUAUUAGAUGUGUAUGGAAAUAAUUUUGAGACCAUACCAGCAAGCAUCAAAGACCUUUCUAAUUUGGUUUUUCUGAACAUAUGCUAUUGUGAGAAGCUUCAGUCUUUACCAGAGCUUAAAAGUGGUCUAAAUGUGGCAGCAUAUAAUUGCUCAUCAUUGGAAUCAAUAUCGGAUUCGUCAUUUCUGUUCUCACCGAAUUCGAUGCAACAAAGAAUAAAUUUUGCGAAUUGUUUCAAACUGGAUCUGUCAACAUUCUUGGCAAGGUCUCUUUUUCACACACUCUCUCUCACUCAAUUUCAUAAAAUAUUGUGA